GAGCCACAAAUCGCGAUGGCUUUUUGUGAAUGAUAUUGCAUUGUAUUGUAUUGUCGCCUCAUUGAUUCUGGUUGUUACUGUUAGCCUCCACCGAUUUUGGCACUAUAAUUUUCAUCGAAUAUCAAAGCCAUUCUUCAACGAAUUUUUUCACCUCAGUGCCGUAGUUGCAACUUGAACCUUUUGGCUACAAAAAAUACAUUCUUGUAGCACGUUUAUUCUCGUAACAAUGAGUGGCCCGGCUAUAUUGAUGUCAUUUUUUGGAAAAUGUAGCGCAUUAGGAUAAGAUAAUUUGGGGUCACGGGCUUUUAUCACCACGGGAAGGUCUGCGGUGCUGAAAAUUGGUUCCCAGUCCAGCCGUCGGACCAGGACGUGUGGCAGAAGCAAAACUAAUCCAGAGCCAAGAAACGCAAACACAAAUCUGGAGAAACUUCUUUCCACGUUUACGAGUCAACGCGGAACGAGGCUGCGUUCAUCUUUACAACUUGCGACAGUGUCAGCACGACCUCCCAACGACGAAUAUUAGACCCAAAAUUAUUUCGGGAAAAAUGAGCGGCACAGGUGAGAAAGAUCAAGCCUUGCGGGACUACGUAAGCAAGGUGCAAGAGCACCGAAGAUAUGAGUCCCAGUUGAAGAACGUGCGCGACCAAAUAAAAAGCAAGCAGGGGGAGUUCGACAAAUCCGAGGGGCACAUCAAGGCCUUGCAAUCUGUCGGCCAAAUUAUCGGCGAAUUGCUAGCAAAGCUGGACGAUGAAAGUACUAUACGCAACCUUAGUCUUUCCUUUUUUUUGCUGAGCAAGAGCAUGUCGCCUUGUCAUUUUUCCGCCAUGUUGUACAUCUACGCCGUUGCAAGAACGAAACCAACGCCGCUCCGACAUUGUCGCCUUGGAACAUUGUUGGAACUUAAGCCACAAGGCAGUCGAAUGCGAAUGAUCCGUACAAGCAACAAUAAAAUCACGUAUAACUAAAUCUGAAUGUUGAACAGAGUACAUCGUAAAAGCCAGCUCCGGGCCGAGGUACGUGGUAACAGUGAAGGUAAAAAUACCGAAGAGCAAGUUAACACCGGGAACCCGUGUGGCUUUGGACAUGUCCACGCUGACCAUCAUGCGCAUUUUGCCACGGGAAGUGGAUCCGCUCGUCUUCAGCAUGCAGGCGGAGGAUCCAGGAAAAAUUUCGUACAAAAUUGUCUUCUUUUCUGUUGUUUUUUAUUCUGAUGUGAUUUGAGAUUGAGUGCUUUGUAGAAUGAGAUAACCACGGUCGUCGAGUGCGCUCCGCAAAUGCUCAACUUGAUGUGACCCACUGCUCGCAGAAAUAUUUGAAACCGAAUCACAAUACAGGUACAACCAAGUCGGCGGGUUGAACGAACAAAUUCGACAAAUGCGUGAGGUCGUCGAACUUCCACUCACAAAUCCAGAGCUCUUCAAAAGGGUGUUCGAUUGUUGAUUACAUCAGUUUAUGAAGCAGGAAUUUUCUAUAGGAGCCAUGUAGUAGAGGUUUUUGGUCCGACGUGUUUGUCCAUUCCGCUUUCAUAUGCUACGAAACUUUCUCUUGAAAAUUUCAACUUAGGUCGGCAUCAAGACCCCUAAAGGAGUGCUUCUCUAUGGCCCGCCUGGAACAGGAAAAACGUUGCUCGCCCGAGCCAUGGCAUAUAACAUGACCGCCAACUUCCUGAAAGUAGUUGCGUCCGCCAUCGUCGACAAGUACAGACCGCUUUUUCGCUUUGCAGCAAUAAGAUUAAGACCACCACUAUGACUAAUUUAUCCUUUUGAUGCGCUUGGAGUACGUAGAAGGGCGUUGUGCAUGUUGCAACGAAAACCAGAGGAAACACAAACGCUGAAUAUAUAAAACCGAAAAGGUAUAUCGGCGAAUCUGCCCGAGUAAUACGAGAGAUGUUCGGAUACGCAAAGACACACCAGCCUUGCAUUAUCUUCAUGGACGAAAUCGAUGCUAUCGGCGGGAAGCGAUUCAAUCAAGGUAAAGGAAGUCGUGUUUUACGAACAAGUUCAAUGCAGUAAAAUUUAUCUAGCAAGGUCAUGUUUUUGUUUAAUACAUCACUAACUACGGUGAGAUGAAAAUUGCAUCUUUACGUGUUGCACGCACAAACUGUCAAAGGGUUCACUCUGUGGCGAUUGCACGCAUGAUACUACUUUCGAUCUUUGUUUUGCACAGCACUGUCGACUAAAUAAGCAUUUUCAUCGCUUGAGGACGACCACUGUUCUUGGCGUGUGUCUCAACAUGCGCUGGCGCAUCUUCCUGUUCGCUUCUCAGGUACCUCGGCGGAUCGCGAAAUUCAGCGAACCUUAAUGGAGCUGCUGAAUCAGCUGGACGGAUUCGACGACUUAGGGCGCGUGAAGGUGAUUAUGGCGACAAACCGACCGGACACCCUGGAUCCGGCAUUACUGCGACCCGGACGAUUAGACCGCAAAGUGGAAAUUCCCCUUCCAAACGAGCAGGCCAGGCUCGACAUUCUGAAAAUCCACAGCAACCCCAUUGCAAAACACGGCGACAUUGACUUCGAGGGAAUAAUAAAGCUGACUGACGGGUACAUGAAACGUCUUUUUUAUUUCGAUUUCCGUCAGAUUAGUACCACUACCACUUCCACCACCAGCAAAUUAGACAAGAAUCAAUCGGACCACUAUGAUCUUCGCUAGAUUUAUUUCCAUAACAAUGAAUAAAAUGAAAAUCAACCGCAGCUUCAACGGCGCCGAUAUGCGAAAUAUCUGCACCGAGGCUGGCAUGUACGCGAUUCGAGCAGAGCGCGACUAUUGCCUGGAAGAGGACUUUAUGAAAGCCGCACGGAAAAUCGCGGACACGAAGAAAUUCGAAUCGAAGCUCGACUACGACAAGAACGCGAUUUAGAGGCAGUCCUCUGGUGCUAAGGCGUGUAUCCCACGACCCUUUGUCCUGUCUCGAAAUCGUUUCGACGGAAAUGAAAUAUUUUUUCAAUUUUACCACGCCUGGCCCUCGGGUUCGGAUGGCACUGGCACAUCAGGCGGUGAUGCGAGUGUCUCAGGUCGUGCUCCCGGGUCGUUCAACAGUUGUGAGACCAGUAUUUAAUAAAAGUGAGUCAUCAACAAUUGGUCUAUGUACCGCCAACGAAUUGAGUUUGAUUGACAUCAAAAACGUCAGACCGAGUCUAGAGUGCAGAAAUCUUUGCGAAGCGCGCAAGAUCAUGUACUCGGCUCUGACGACGUGUCACAUGCGUUGAGAAGUGAUUACAUCGGAACAUUACCAUGCAGCCUCUGUCUGCGGCAGCAGGCCUUGCAGAAGCAGGAUUAGCUUUCAACUACCACUGCGGUGCUUCUUUACUUCCUUGCAAAGUUCAGGGAAAUAAUGAACGCCUGCAGGAGCCCUGAUUAUCUCGCACCUUCGAGUUCUAUCAUGAUGCCGCUUUUCAAUUUCAUUGGCUGCGGUUGAACGUUCUUGCAGGUAUAUAUCCUUGACUUUAU